AUGGCUUCCGAGGAGGUGGUCGACUUCGAUAUCAUCGAGGCACAAAAGGAAAAUGUUCAGUCACUCCCAGGUGGCCGAUCAGCUCGAGAGCUCGCUCGGAUCUUUUCAGGUGGGAGCAACACAAGUGACAAGAUCCCCUCGCCGUCACCAAACGGAACACGAACCAUCAACGAUGCCAUGCGUCAAGAAUAUGAGAGCGAAUUGGAGUCAAUAGGAGAAUCGGACGACCCUCUCGAUGUUUACGACCGUUAUGUCAAAUGGACCCUCAACGCAUACCCCUCCGCACAAGCAACUCCUGAAUCCGGCCUGCUCCCAUUGUUAGAACGAGCAACGAAAUCAUUCCUCUCGUCAUCACACUACAGAAACGAUCCUCGGUAUUUGCGUCUAUGGCUCCACUACAUUCGACUAUUUUCCGAUGCCCCCCGUGAGACAUUCGCUUUCCUUGCACGUCACAAAAUUGGUGAAAGCCUGGCACUGUUCUACGAAGAAUUUGCUGGGUGGCUAGAGGGCGCAGGGCGCUGGUCUCAGGCCGAUGAAGUUUACAGACUUGGCAUAGACCGCGAGGCCCGACCGGUAGAGAGACUCGCACGCAAAUACAGUGAAUUCCAACAGCGAUACGAUCAACGACAACAAGAUACCGGACCAUCCUCGCCCGCUUUACCGAAGGUGCGAGCUGCAUUGGGUGUCAAGGUGGAUCCGUUUGCUCCCUCGGAUACUUCUGAUCCCCAAGCCUCAAGGCCAACCCCUCCAGCAAGCGCUGCCCCGAAGACAAAAUCUGGAAAGCCAAAGAUGGCUAUUUUCUCAGAUGCCGACUCGGCUGCACCAGGCCCCGCGACUGGUGGUGCGACAAAAGGAUGGGACAGCAUCGGGUCAAUUCGUGAUCGCAAGAAGGAGAACACGGUGGAGGCCAAGCCAUGGGCCGGAGAGACUUUGAAGGCUGGCAAAAAAGCGGCGCCUGUUCAAAAGAUGGCUAUCUUUAGGGAUCAGUCAAAUCCAGAUCUUCCUUCCAAAGAACCAAUGCAACCGAAAGAAGUACCUGAGCACCAUGUAAGGGAGGCUGUGAACCCACGGACGGGCCGUCGAGAACGCGUCUUCGUCGAUCUGGAAUCGGUAUAUCCCGACCGAUCGAACCCUGCACACGAGAUGAGCUUUGAAGAGCUCAGGGCUAUCAAGCGUGGAUGGAUGGACAAGGAUUGGCGGAAACAGAAGCAGCCCCUGCAGCAGAUUUCUGGUAAUGCUGCUGGCUCGGAAUCUUUGCCAGACCAUCUCGCCGAAAAUCUAACUAUAGACACACGCCACCAAUACCAUGGUCAAGACGAAGACCAUGGAGGGCAACCCAGCAAAUCGCAUCGCACCAAGUCCAAGGGGGAAUCGUCGCAGACACAAACAAUCAAAAUGAACUUCGACUCCCCGACCAAGAAGAAAGUUCGACGAAAGAGCACUCGGGAACCAACAAUGACUAUGCACACUCGUGCGGCGACAGAUGAGAUUUACGGCAUCUUCAACCAGCCAUUGAAGGUAGAAACCGAAGAGGACGGUGACAGCUUCUGCGAGAGCGAUUAUGAGGAUGACGAUGCUGCCAGCACUUGCGACAGUACCGGCACUGGACAUCACUCAGCGGCCUCAAGUGAUUUCGACGAUGAAGAGACUCAGACGUUCCACAAAUCUUACGAUGAUACCGAUUAUGCCAAUACUACCCGGGCUGAAAGCAUUGACGGUGAUGAAGGCGAGUGGACCGAGUUCAACCCUGACCGUGAUAUUCCAGACAUUGAAGACGCAGAAGCCACCUCGUACUCGGUGACUGAGGAGCAGGCGGAAAGUCCCACGGUUGGAACACCAGACAGGAAGGGCUUCAUGCCAGAAAUGCCCGAGGACUAUGCUCCUCCAUGGGGAACUUAUCGUGAUCCCGCGGUGAUGGCUCAGAACCGUUUGCCUUUCAUGACGCCAAUUGUUGAACGAACCGAAUGCUCCAUUCCAUCCAUGACGGCCGCUCGAAAUAGCGUUUAUAACGCGAAGACACCGUCUAAGCCCCGAUCGCCAGCUGGUGAUCUUUUGCUCGAUAGCCCGUUGGGGGAAAGCACGCCAUACCGAGACCUCACUGUCGGAUCUACUGCCGAUGUGCCGUUCAGUCCAACGGCCUUCAAGGCGCUCGCGCCCAAACUGCGGAGGCGCGAAGCUAUCAUCAGAGACUCGCAGUGCAACCCAACAGACAAAGGCAUUCGGAACACCAUCCUUAACUCUUUGGAGCCACCGCUUGCUGCAUACACCGGCUAUAAUGAGCAUGUCGAAGACAGCAACUAUGCUUCAAUGAUCCAUAAAUUUGUCAAGACCCACACUAGACGAUCCAAAGGUGCCGACGACAACGCAUUCGAUACUCCAAUCCUCGAAUUCCCGGGUGCGGAACGAAGCUACAUCAUUAGACGUGAGCUUGGAGCGGGAGCGUACGCCCCAGUCUAUCUGGCCGAGAGUGUGGACAGCCUUGAAUCAUAUAACUCCGACUCUGACGAUGAUUCAACUCCUACUGGAAGAGAUUCGCUCAAGCCACCAAAUGCUUACGACACACCUCGCUUCCAUUUCGAAGCUGUCAAGGUCGAGAAUGGACCUUCGAGCGCGUGGGAAUUCUAUAUGAUCCGCACAGCGUACGAGCGUCUCCGACAUACCGUUGAUUCUAGAGUUACAGACAGCAUCGUCCGUGCACACGAGCUUCACGUACAUCAACGAGAAAGCUUCUUAGUCGAGGACUACCGGGGACAAGGUACCUUGCUCGACCUUGUCAAUAUCGUCCGCAACGAAUCCCUCAACUCCAAUCCUACCGCUGAAGGGGGCCUCGAAGAAGUUCUGGCAAUGUUCUUCUCUGUUGAACUCUUCCGCACCGUGGAAGCCCUCCACGCGAAUGGCGUCCUCCACGGUGAUAUCAAAGCCGACAACUGUCUUGUUCGUCUCGACGAGCCGAGCAACGAACCCCCCGCCAAAGCCCUCUCUCUUCUCGACCUCGGCACCGACGAAUCCCCUUCAGACCCCCGCGAAAGCAUCCACUACGCCCCAAGUGGCUCUCACGGCUGGCAACAGAAAGGACUCGCUCUCAUCGACUUCGGUCGCGGAAUCGACAUGCAAGCCUUCUCGCCCACCGUCCAAUUCCUCGCCGACUGGGAAAAGGUCACACACGAAUGUAACGAAAUCUGUGAAAAACGCCCUUGGACCUAUCAAAUCGAUCUAUACGGUAUCGCCGGCGUCAUCCACGUCCUUCUAUUCGGCAAAUACGUCGAAUCCACCCCCGUGAACGACGAAAACGCCUCUGCCGGAUCUCCUCGCACAUAUCGCAUCCGCGAAUCACUCAAACGAUACUGGGACCGCGAUCUCUGGGCCGGCGUUUUCGAUCUCCUCCUCAACCCCGCUGCCGAACGCUGGCAGAGUAUCGAGCGAGAUAAUGGCGCGGAUCCCUCUGCCACUUUCCUUCCUGUCGUGCAUUCAAUGCGUCAGGUUCGUCAAGGCAUGGAGGAGUGGCUUCUUGACCAUGCUGAGAAGAAGGGUCUUGCGCUGCAGUUGAGGAAAAUCGAGGCUUUGCUUGCGGACCGCAAAAAGAAGUUGGAGAAGUGA